AUGUCCAGAAAAAUGGAUUCUGAGCGACUGGAGACUCAUAUCAAAUGGAGGCUAUUUGAUAUUAAGAAUGAACUAUAUUUUGUCGGCUUGCAUUGUGAUGACGGCUUAGUGCUUUACAUAUAUUCUCCGUUUCAGGAUUUAGUACAGACAAAAAUCACUGAUGAAGAGUUACAUCAAGCCAAGUAUCAGUUCAGCACCAAGGAAGCUAUGGAAAUCCUACUGACCCAAGGAAAAGAUGUGGAGUUUACCUUUGAGCAGGACAACGUGCUCCAGUUGGGGUUGCUAUUGCACAGUGGAACCAGGGCUACACUCGAACUACCCUAUAAUAAAGUACAAAAUGUUGAACGGUAUGAUGUCAUGAGUUCGCUGUCAUUUUGGCAGAUGCGAAGCAUUUUGGCACUGACAUCUAUGAACGAAGAACUACAAAAUAUGUUAGUUGAAAAGGAUUCAGCGAUAGAGUUCCUGGGUUAUACUGCGAAGGAAUAUGGCGGCAGCAGGCUCAUAAGACGUUGGGCUCCCAUAGGCUCACAGAACUACGAAUCCCUAACAAAGUUUAAACCUGGUGUUUGGAAGAAAAGUUGGGUAGAGAAGUAUAGGUGGAAAUCUAAGUCAAGAAGGGCGGCGCUUUUAGCCAAUGACUUGGAGGUGCUCGACCAGGUAGAGCCGAGCGAUUACAGACCUAAAACACCUACCCCAGAAGAUACAGAGGCCGAGGAUGCGCAAGGGGAAUUUCGAGAAGAUAGCCAGGUAACUGAUAGCUUCUUGGCUACACUUUCAGAAGCUGAGUUUAGCGACAGGAUAAACUCUCAAUAA